UUUUUUUAUAAAUUAAAAAAACUUCAAAAAGUUAUUAACAGCAACAGCCCCAAUCCGUACAAAACUUCUCGGGGCGCAGGCAUUUGACUUCAGACAACAACUCUUAUAGUUGUAGUUAAUAAUAAUAAUAAUUCCCUGCCAACAACUCUUGGCGAGUUACUAAAAAUGAAGUUAUUACAGGUUGUAAAGCUGAGUUUUUGUUAAAGCAACACUUCCAAUAAAAAUAAUAAUAAUAAUUCUCCCUUUUGUCUUUACAGUCUUUUUAAUCCACGACCUUUAGUUUGUGGGUUUCUGUAGUGUUGUCAAAGACUAGGGCUGCCACUGAGGCAGCUUAGCUGCAGAACCAGAAGGCAACAGAGAGGUGCAGUCAUAAUAUGAGCAGCUCUCUCCCACAGGACUCAGGAGUCGGGGAGGAAAAGAGAGAGAAAAGAGUGGUGGCAGCAUUACCAUUAGUUUUACCCAUUUACAGAAGAUUCUGCAGGAAAAUGGUCCCUGAAAUAAAUAUACCUACACUACAAAGACUACAGCAGCAGACCUCUCAAGUAAUAAGUAAUGAUCAACCCACCAAAACACACUUACCAGAGAAACCAACCCUGUUUUUAUCUCUCUUCUGCAUGUUUGUUUCUCUUCUUUCACUGCACUGUGAGGUUUAAAUAAGUUCUCCCUCCCCCCUCUCCUUUUCUUGUUAGCUUGCUUGCGUUCAACAAUUUUCUUCUCCUUCUUCUUCUCUCUUGAAUGAUGAGUGGAAGAAAUAGAUUUCCUUUUACUGCAUCUCAGUGGCAAGAGCUUGAACACCAAGCUCUAAUCUUCAAGUAUAUGGUCUCAGGCAUCCCCAUACCACCUGAUCUCCUCUUCACCAUCAAGAGAAGCUGCUCGGACUCCUCACUUUCUUCCAGGCUUUUCUCUCGCCAGCCUCAACAUAUUGGAUGGAAUUUUUUCCAGAUGGGAUUGGGGAGAAAAGUGGACCCAGAGCCCGGGAGGUGUAGGAGAACAGAUGGAAAGAAAUGGAGAUGCUCGAAAGAAGCCUACCCAGAUUCGAAGUACUGUGAAAGACACAUGCAUAGAGGCAAAAACCGUUCAAGAAAGCCUGUGGAAGUUACUGCUACAACAAUGCCAAACCCUUCAACAACAACCCCAAAGUCAUCAAUUACCAAAACUCACCCCUCUUCUUUUUCUUCUCUUUCUUCCAUGUCCCUGUCCUCCUCCGAGUCCCAACAGCACCACCAUCAACUUUGUUACCUUGGUUAUCAUUCCCAGGUCAAUCAUCCCUUUAUGUAUUCUUAUGCACCAAGACCUCCUGGGAUUGGGCAGUCACCUCAAGAAAACACCACCCACUCUCUUUUCGAUUCGAGCUCUCACUCCCAGACAAACACAGAUUACAGAAGAAACAGUUAUGUUUAUGGACUGAAAAAAGAGGUGGAUGAACAUGCUUUUUUCUCUGAGCCUUCUGGGACAAUGCGGAGCUUCUCAGGUUCAUCUGUGGACGAUUCAUGGCAACUUACACCACUAACAAUGAGCUCUUCUUCUUCAAAGCAGAGGAGCUGCACUGGCUUACAGAGUGAAUACUCUUACUUGCAGCUUCAAAGCCUCACUGACCACAACUCAAAACAAAACAAGCUGGAUGAUAAGCAUUACUGCUACGUAUUGGGAAGUGAUAUCAAAUGUAAAUUGGAGAAAGGAGAACCCCAAAAGACAGUCCAUCGUUUGUUUGAUGAAUGGCCACCAAAACAUAGAGACUCAUGGCUUGAUUUGGAUGAUAAAUCAUCAAACAGCUCAUCAGUUUCAACAACCAGGCUCUCAAUAUCCAUCCCUUCCACUUCAGAUGACUUUCCCAUUUUCAAUUCAAGAGCUCAUAAUGGUAUUUUAAACAAAAAAAAAAAAGAAAAAGAAAAAGAGUUGUACUUAUGCUGGUUCUUUUGCUCCUAG